CUUCUAACUUUCAGUUUCGUACAAGAAUGGACAGAUACAGGGUGGUAGGACACUGUCCACCAAACGUAAGGCAACAGCAUUUCUAUGCUAGGUCGAGAUCAUUUAGCUCCAUCAGUUCGCCAAUAAUUCAAAAGUGUCCAUCGUGUAGUGCGUGCUCGAGUACUAGUGCUACAGGGAUUUCAUUAGGGGAUUCUGGAAUUUCCAGAUCAUGGGCUUCGAAAACGCAAUCUAGUGUGCUACAACAUUUGCAGAAGCAUGCCUCAACCUUCGGACUUGAUGUUUCGUCAGUGAAUUCAACCACCACUUGCUCCGGUGGCAAUGUUGAAAAAACCGAAGAUAAAAAAAUGUCAACUCAAGGGGACAGUAUACAUCACCAAGGCCCAGCUUUCUUGUCAUGGAGAAAAUUACACUUGAGCAAAGCCAAGCUGAAAGCAGCAAGUAACACAUCAGCCCUUUUAGCAGGAUUCGCAAUGGUAGCAGUGGUUGAAAUACAGUUAAAUAACAACAACUCAGACAGUGAACAACUCCCCAAACCACUUUUGUUUUUGUUUGCUAUUUGCACAACCAUGCUAGUCGCAGUACAUAUGCUAGCCCUGCUCAUUUCAACAUGCAUCUUACCCAACAUGGAAGCCAUCUCCAACUUGCACAUACUUAGUUUAGUGAAUGAGUCUCCACAUGAAAAGAUGCACAUGUAUAUUGAGCUGGCAUGGGGUUGUUCAACAGUUUUGGGUAUUCUCCUUUUCAUGGUUGAAGUGGCAAUCCUUUGUUGGAUUCAGUUCUACAGUGUUUUAAAGGAAGCUGCUUACGUUGCCACAGCAAUUCUAGUUCCGUUCGUAAUUCUCUUCAUUUGGUUUGCUAUAAUCUUUUACCGCAAUCUGGUGGCGCAUACCUAUGAAACGCGAAAGUGUGGCAUCCAAGAGCUUGAAGAGCUCAAACAUGUUCUUGAAAUGGGCGAUGAGUUGACAACCACGCGGGAAAUUCGCAAUGGCCCAUUGGUUAACAUAAUUUGAAAAUCUCUCUUCAUUUUAAAUUCCCAACCAGGUCUACCGAUCGCCCAAAAUGUCGUCUUCCUAUCGUUAUUAUUAUUACUUUUUUUAUAAAUUACGCACAUAAUUUUGGCCAUUGUUGGUUGUUUAACUCUGUUUUCUAAUUCGAGGUAAAUAAUUCCUUCGUU